GUUCGCACACGCCGGGCAGUGGGACGAAGCAGACCCGAAUGCAGAGCAGCCGUGUCUCACAGUCCGCGGAAAGCAACGAUACGGAGCGAGUUGUAUUGCCCAGGACUGCAAGACUAUGAAGACCUGCGGUGGGAUUAAGUACACGUUGUUUGCCUGCUGCUAUAUAUUCUGGGUCUCCAGUGCUGUGUUGGUAUCGGUGGGUAUCUAUGCAAAAGUAGCGAAAGAGGGAGGUGCGGUCGACUCGCUGACAGCAGACCCUGCUCUCCUGCUGAUCGUGGUCGGCUCUCUCAUGUUUAUCAUCACGUUUUUCGGCUGUUUUGGGGCCCUGAGGGACUCACUGAAUCUGCUGAACAUUUUUGCAGGGAUCCUGCUUGCCGUUAUUCUCCUGCAGAUUACAGCUGCUGCACUCGGAUUCAUAUUUUCUGACUUGGUGCUGACCAGAACAGAGGCUGUCAUGAGGAGAGGGAUCAGCAGAUACAGAGAUGACCUUGAUCUGCAAAACCUCAUUGACUUUGUACAAAAGAAGUUUCAGUGUUGUGGGGUUAGCCAGUACACAGACUGGUCACACAAUGUCUAUUUUAAUUGUGUCAACUCGAACCCAAGUCUUGAGCGCUGUGGUGUGCCCUACUCCUGCUGCAUUAAAAACAAUGAGUCUGUCCUAAACACCAUGUGUGGGUAUGGUAUGCAGAAUCUUAAUGCCUGGUCUAUUGGACACAAGAUCCACCUGAUUGGAUGUCUGAAGAAGAUUGGGACAUGGGGAAAACAGAACCUGCUUAUUAUUGGAGGAAUAACUACGGGGCUGUGCUUGCUGGAGAUUUUUAUGAUUACAUUGGCUGCAGUUCAGACCUACCAGAUCAAGAAAAUCCGAGAGAAAAGGAGAAUGACGACUGUGAAAAAAAUCAAAUUUCAGCUAUAAAACUACUUUCACUUCUUAACACUUUGAGCAGAAGAACAUGCACAACACUUCACUGGCUUGCUGUCCGGGUGCGUCUGGGUGUGUUCCUGUAGUCCUCUGGAAUACUGUGUUCAUUUGUCUUCAGGGUCAAUCGCUGCUUCUGUGGUAAACUAUCCCUGCCAAAAUCACAUGUGUAAGCAUGUUUGUUAGGAAAGAUUGUAAGUCGGUUCACUCUGGGCUGCUGUGUGAAGAGCCCGGCUGUGUCUCGUAGUAUUCAAAGGUACUGUGUGAAGCCUUUAUUGUAUUUGUUAAACUGUGUUUUUGUUUUUUCAGCCGGUAAACAGCCUAGCUGUCUGGUAUUAGUUUAAUGUGCCUAUUUGUGUUUAGCUAGUGCUCGAAUAGAGCUAGGUGUUUAUUUUUCUGUUUUGAUUCCUUGUUUAUUGAAAAUUAGCGCAUCAGCGCUUGAAAUCACUUAUCUGUGUUUGGGUCUGGAUUUUAAAUGGGCAAACAAACCUGAGUCGUCCAUAUAUAUAUAUAUAUAUAUAUAUCAGUACUGUGCAAAAGUUUUAGGCAGGUGUGAA